UUGUUUGUUGUACGUACCGGUAACUUUUAACCUAACUUCAUAACUUAAGUCUACUUACAAUAAAAAGUACUCGAGAUUUGUUGAAAGUGAAUGUUUUAUUUCUAUUUAGUCAGUGUUGAAGUGCACCUAAGUGAUUGAUUUCAAAUUUUAGGCUAGGCUACAUAAAUUUAAAUGCAUAUUCUACACAUGUGUUUGUUUUCGUUUCUAAAAUGCCAAGUUAUCAACAUUCAACUUUUCAUAACUCAUGGUUAGGUAUCGCAAAUGAAUUUACAUGACUUAUUUAGUUAAAUGAGUAAUGCGCUGAUGAAAAUAUCUAAACGCAGUAAUAUUGGAAUUUUGUUUAGUUUGGUAAAAGAAAUGAGCCAGAAAAGUAUCACAUCCUUUUUUACAAAAUCGCCAGCAAAUAAUUCUAUGAAGAGGAGUCUGUCUGAAAUUGAAAAUAUUGAUGGAUCCAAUAUUAUGUCUGAAGAUAAAAAAGUUAAAUUAGAUUUAGUCAAUGAGUGUAAAGAAUCUCUAAACAAUCCAGAUCAGUCUUUAGACAAUGCAGAGAUUGGGUGCAAUUUAACAGCUGAAAAUGACAAUGAAUCUCAAAUAGUCAAAGCUGCGUCAUCAAAAACUAUCCAAGAAGCAUCAAAACUCAACAAAAUAGAAAUUAAUAGAUUAACAGCACAAGCAAAACUUUUAAGCAAAACUCUUGCUGCAUUACAUCCCAAUAUUGGUUUAACUUGGUUUCAAGCCUUGCGUAAUGAAUUUGACAAACCGUACUUUAAGAAGUUGAGCAAGUUCCUGGCAGAAGAAAGAUCAAAAACAACUCCAAUUUUUCCGAGAUCUGAACAUGUUUGGACAUGGACAAGGGAGUGUCCUAUUGAUGAGAUCAAGGUUGUUAUCAUCGGGCAGGACCCGUACCACCAUCCUGGUCAAGCUCAUGGUUUGUGUUUUAGUGUUCCUAUUGGUGUUGCUCCACCCCCAAGCCUGCUAAACAUGUACAAAGAACUUGAAACCGACAUUGAAGGUUUCAAGAGACCAGGCCAUGGAUACCUGAUUGGAUGGGCUCGACAGGGAGUAUUACUACUGAACGCUGUGCUAACAGUCAAAUGCCGAACACCGAACUCACACAUAGACCAAGGCUGGGAGCAGCUGACUGAUGCUGUCAUCAAACAUCUCAACACUCAGGGCAAUGGUAUUGUCUUCCUGCUCUGGGGAUCAUACGCACAGAAAAAAGCAGCCUUUGUCGAUCAGAAACGACAUCACUUGUUAAAGGCUGUGCACCCCUCGCCUUUGUCAGCCUCUAGAGGGUUUUUUGGGUGCAAACACUUCUCCAAAUGCAAUGAGCUGCUCGAGAAGCAAGGCCGGACACCAAUUGACUGGUCUCAUCUACCUACAGAGUAACCCAGCACCAGCAGACAGACACACAGUGAUGAUGGAAGCAGUUGAAAUAUUUUGCCUUUAUUAUCUACAGUUUUAUUUGUCACCCUAUUAAUAAUAUUGAUCUACCCUUGAACAUUCUAGUUGUUAUUUAGGUUAAGUUUUUCUUAUACUUAUUUGUUUAUUAAGACUUUUCUGAUUGAAUCUCUAUAUUUUUAAUAUUUAAGGAAAUAUGUUCCACUUUAUAAAUGAUGUAUUUAGUAUUGUCAUUAAGAUUAUUUAUUUGACUCUGAUAUUUAUGUAUCUUUGAAUAUUAUAAGCAUUUUUUGGGGUUUUCAAGGAAAUAUCUCAAUAUUUGAUCACAUGAAAAGUUGGUGCUUUAACUGAGAAUUAGUUUGCUUAUUAGUUAUUACUACUUCACCAUGCCGAAACUUCUAUCCAUAGCCUUGCUAAUUGUAUUUUACAGUUUCAUUCAUAUUCCUAUAUUUGAGUAUUUUAAAUAAGUGUAAUAUUUCCUGACAUGCAACGAAAUGAUUCUAUAACAAUACCUCACUAGCUAUAGUAUACUAUGUUAAAUCAAUAACUGUUAAACGCACAGCCCUAACACUUCUAAGUGAUUGUUAUAAAUCUAAUGUAUCCUGACAUGUAACGAAAGGAUUCUAUAACAGUACCUUUCUAGCUUUAAUAUACUAUGUUAAAUCAAUAACUGUCAAACGCACAACCCAAACACUUCUAAGUGAUUGUUAUAAAUCUAAUGUAUCCUGACAUGUAAUGAAAGGAUUCUAUAACAAUACCUCACUAGCUUAUAGUAUAUUAUGUUAAAUCAAUAACUGUUAAACGCACAGCCCUAACACUUCUAAGUGAUUGUUAUAAAUCUAAUGUAUCCUGACAUGUAAUGAAAGGAUUCUAUAACAAUACCUCACUAGCUUAUAGUAUACUAUGUUAAAUCAAUAACUGUCAAACGCACAGCCCUAACACUUCUAAGUGAUUGUUAUAAAUCUAAUGUAUCCUGACAUGUAACGAAAGGAUUCUAUAACAGUACCUUUCUAGCUUUAAUAUACUAUGUUAAAUCAAUAACUGUCAAACGCACAACCCUAACACUUCUAAGUGAUUGUUAUAAAUAUAAUGUAUCCUGACUGGUAAUAAGAGGAUUCUAUAACAAUACUUUACUAGCUAUAACAUACUGUGAUAAAUCUUUCACUACUAAACGAACAGCUCUCACACUGCCAAGUUAUUGUUUUAUCAGUCCACUGGCAUUGAAUGAGUUCUAUGAAGGAUCUCAACAGUCAUAAUAUGAUAACACAUUUACUUUUAGCUUCUGGUUUCUAGAAUUGCCUAGUGACUAUUAUAAGUCUAUUUACAUGGGUAUAGCAAAGGAAAUACAUUUAUUUCAUGUUCUUACUUAUUGUGACAAUAUUAUGCAAACUAAAAAAUGUUAAUAAAGGUUUGCUUUUAUAACACUUUUAAAAACAAAACAUAACCUCAAACCGACUAUUCUCAACUAAAACAAAAUAUAAUUAUAAUGGUCAAUGUUAAACUAUAAAACAGCUGAUCAUAAAAACAUAACCACACUUACCAUUAAAUUAUACAGGCUGAUCAAACUGUCCAUUCAACUUUCUGUUAAUAUUUCAGCAAUAAUUAGUAAAUACAAAUUUAGGUAUAUUUUGCCGAAAUUAAUUCACAGUGGACCUUUAAAUUAAUUCAGAGUGGACCUUUUAUUUUCGUAUAUUUAAAAAUGUUGGACAAUACUCACUUUAGAGAAACAACUCUCCAAUCAAAUUAUUAGAAAGUGUUUUUUUGUAUUGUUAAGAAUAAGACAAUACUCACCUUUUAGAGAAAACUCUCUACUCAAAAUAUUUAAAAGUGCCUUUGUAAAGUUUUUCUUAUACUUAUUUGUUUAUUAAGACUUUUCUGAUUGAAUCUCUAUAUUUUUAAUAUUUAAGAAAAUAUGUUCCACUUUAUAAAUGAUGUAUUUAGUAUUGUCAUUAAGAUUAUUUAUUUGACUCUGAUAUUUAUGUAUCUUUGAAUAUUAUAAGCAUUUUUUGGGGUUUUCAAGGAAAUAUCUCAAUAUUUGAUCACAUGAAAAGUUGGUGCUUUAACUGAGAAUUAGUUUGCUUAUUAGUUAUUACUACUUCACCAUGCCGAAACUUCUAUCCAUAGCCUUGCUAAUUGUAUUUUACAGUUUCAUUCAUAUUCCUAUAUUUGAGUAUUUUAAAUAAGUGUAAUAUUUCCUGACAUGCAACGAAAUGAUUCUAUAACAAUACCUCACUAGCUAUAGUAUACUAUGUUAAAUCAAUAACUGUUAAACGCACAGCCCUAACACUUCUAAGUGAUUGUUAUAAAUCUAAUGUAUCCUGACAUGUAACGAAAGGAUUCUAUAACAGUACCUUUCUAGCUUUAAUAUACUAUGUUAAAUCAAUAACUGUCAAACGCACAACCCUAACACUUCUAAGUGAUUGUUAUAAAUCUAAUGUAUCCUGACAUGUAAUGAAAGGAUUCUAUAACAAUACCUCACUAGCUUAUAGUAUACUAUGUUAAAUCAAUAACUGUUAAACGCACAGCCCUAACACUUCUAAGUGAUUGUUAUAAAUCUAAUGUAUCCUGACAUGUAAUGAAAGGAUUCUAUAACAAUACCUCACUAGCUUAUAGUAUACUAUGUUAAAUCAAUAACUGUUAAACGCACAGCCCUAACACUUCUAAGUGAUUGUUAUAAAUCUAAUGUAUCCUGACAUGUAAUGAAAGGAUUCUAUAACAAUACCUCACUAGCUUAUAGUAUACUAUGUUAAAUCAAUAACUGUCAAACGCACAGUCCUAACACUUCUAAGUGAUUGUUAUAAAUCUAAUGUAUCCUGACAUGUAAUGAAAGGAUUCUAUAACAAUACCUCACUAGCUUAUAGUAUACUAGGUUAAAUCAAUAACUGUCAAACGCACAGCCCUAACACUUCUAAGUGAUUGUUAUAAAUAUAAUGUAUCCUGACAUGUAACGAAAGGAUUCUAUAACAGUACCUUUCUAGCUUUAAUAUACUAUGUUAAAUCAAUAACUGUCAAACGCACAACCCUAACACUUCUAAGUGAUUGUUAUAAAUAUAAAGUAUCCUGACUGGUAAUAAGAGGAUUCUAUAACAAUACUUUACUAGCUAUAACAUACUGUGAUAAAUCUUUCACUACUAAACGAACAGCUCUCACACUGCCAAGUUAUUGUUUUAUCAGUCCACUGGCAUUGAAUGAGUUCUAUGAAGGAUCUCAACAGUCAUAAUAUGAUAACACAUUUACUUUUAGCUUCUGGUUCCUAGAAUUGCCUAGUGACUAUUAUAAGUCUAUUUACAUGGGUAUAGCAAAGGAAAUACAUUUAUUUCAUGUUCUUACUUAUUGUGACAAUAUUAUGCAAACUAAAAAAUGUUAAUAAAGGUUUGCUUUUAUAACACUUUUAAAAACAGAACAUAACCUCAAACCGAUUUUUCUCAACUAAGACAAAAUAUAAUUAUAAUGGUCAAUGUUAAACUAUAAAACAGCUGAUCAUAAAAACAUAACCACACUUACCAUUAAAUUAUACAGGCUGAUCAAACUGUCCAUUCAACUUUCUGUUAAUAUUUCAGCAAUAAUUAGUAAAUACAAAUUUAGGUAUAUUUUGCCGAAAUUAAUUCACAGUGGUCCUUUAAAUUAAUUCAGAGUGGACCUUUUGUUUUCGUAUAUUUAAAAAUGUUAGACAAUACUCACUUUAGAGAAACAACUCUCCAAUCAAAUUAUUAGAAAGUGUUUUUUUGUAUUGUUAAGAAUAUAAGACAAUACUCACCUUUUAGAGAAAACUCUCUACUCAAAAUAUUUAAAAGUGCCUUUGUAUUUUUAAGAAUGUUAUACAAUACUCACCCAAGAGAGGCAACUCUCUACUCAAAAUGUUUAAAUGGCAUAUCUACUUUUGUAAUCAAUUAUUGAAAAGGAAAUAAAAACUAAGCAUUUUGGCAAAAC